AAACUUGAUAUUAUCAGCUCACGAUAUAAUAAAAUAUUGCUUUAAAAUUUAAUAUAUUCCAAAAAGUGUGUAUAAAUAAUACAAUAGUGCGCCUAGUUUUAGUUUUGAACAAUAUAGAGUUACUGAAGACCAUGAAGCUCGUGUUGAUUUCUGCGAUGUCCUGUAUAGGACUGUUAUGCUUUGCCAGCACCACACAGUCAGCAAAUCUCCACACAGCCCUCAAAUUACCAGGAUUUAAUCUUGGACAAAACAAAGUCCUCGAAGAAUUAAUAAAUACGUACAAAGAAGAGCUGAAGAGCAUCCCAAGAGAUGUUUCUCCGAGAUCAUUUGAAGAACUUAAAUUAAUUAUUGACAUUUUAAACGACAGUAUCAAAAGCAGUACUGAGGAGAUUUUAAAAACCAGCUUGAACGCAUUCGAUUUUUUGGCUGAUGCUGCAAAAAAAACUAUCGACUAUUUAAGGCAAAUAGUUGAAUUUGAAGAAAGAAUCGGCAUUGUGAAGGAUGAUCGUGAGGAUAAUGUAGUCAUUGAGGGGUUACAGCAACUGCUUCAGAAUUUUGUGGAAUGGAUAGCAAAACUCAGAGGCAAUUGGAAUAGUCUCGAGAAGGAGAUAGCUAGAGUAGUUGUUGAUUUAUUAGACGAAGUACAGAAAGUGGAUAGCGAGAAAUUGGCUGAGGAGAUCAUUGCAACUCUGCCUUUAGAGAUUCCACCACAUCUGAGAGAAGGUAUAGGCGAAUUAAGGGAUGUUAUCGUUGAAUCUAUCGAAAACACUAAGGAUUUUUUCAGAGUACUUGCCAUCAAAAUUAGAAGAGAGUAUGAUUUAUAAAUAAAUUAUUAUAAAUUUUUUCAAAUAUUUUAUUUUAAGUUUAUACGAAUUAAAAAAUAUAUUUUAAGUAUUUUACUA